AUGGGUUUCGUAAGCUUGGACUAUCGCGUGCCGAUCCGCGGAGAUCCCGGCCGAUACCCCGGCGCCAUUGCCCAAGCGGUGGCGGUAUUACAGGCGAAGCUGGCAAACAUCGAGCGACGGCGUUCGGAAGGCGCGCUUAAUUCCGCGAGCACAUCCGAGCAUCUCGCAUCGUCGGCCGAAAGACGCGCGUAUGAACGGCGCUCACUGAUUAGUCCACAACAGGAUGAAGAAAACAACAACUGCGCUCAUCAAGCGGCACCGAACCGAGAGCCACACGCGACGACGGCACGCCUAGCCUUAGUCAAAUUAGCCUUAUUGUCGGAUAACGCGCGGGGCGCAGCGACACCGACGGAACAAUUUCGCGACGUUACGAAACUGCCGGCGGCCGGGAGGGAACCAAUCGGAGCGGGGUCACCGACCGGGUUCCGCGCACACGCCGCCGAACCGCGCAUCUGCAUCCCGAAAAUACGUGAAACCGAUUCCCUGGGAAAAGGUGAAAACGCAACUCGGCCGAGGGAGAAACUCGCGCCGGUAUGCCACGCGACCGGCCGCUAUAAAAAUAUAAACAGAUCCGCGUGCGAGGGAGACGUAAGCGGGGAGGGGGACAGCCGUAUCAUCGUGGAAAAUCGACGCUUCGUCCAAACGGUGCUGAUUGCGACGACACUAGUUAUCAUCAGGAGGGAUGUUAGA